GCGGUUGCUUCGUUGUCACGACGAACGACUACCUCGCGCGUCGCGACGCGGAGAAUGUCGGCCAGGUGCUCCGCUUCCUCGGCGUCUCCGUCGGCCUAGUGCAGGCACCCAUGGAGCCAGAGGAGCGCCAAAAGGCAUACGAGAACGACGUUGUCUGGCUCUCGAAUGCAGAGCUGGGUUUCGACUACCUGCGCGACAACCUGGCGGUCUACCCCAGCCAGAUCGUGCAGUCGAAGCCUUUCCACUUCGCCCUCGUGGACGAGGCGGAUUCCAUCCUGAUCGACGAGGCGCGGUCAUGA